AUGUUCGAGGUGACGGGCACCAUCCCGCUGGAGAAGGACCUGCGGGUCUCGCUGCUGGACUACGACCUGCUGCCGCCCGACCAGGAGAUCGGCAGCACCACCAUCGACCUGGAGAACCGGCUGCUGUCCCGCUUCCGCGCCCACUGCGGGCUGCCCCGCCUGUACCGCACCACUGGCCCCGGGCGCUGGAGGGACCAGCUCAGCCCCAGCCGGGCUCUGGAGCACUUUGCCCGCACCCAGGGGCUGCCGGCACCCGAAUUCAGCACCGACGGCACCGCCGUCACCUUCGGGUGCAACACCUUCCUGCUCAGCCAUUUCGAGAGCGGCCCCCCCGCGCACCGGCACCCCGGGGCGCCCCGGGAGCGCCUGGCCCUGCACGUGCUCCGCGCCUGUCGCCUCGUCCCCGAGCACCUCGAGACGCGGACGCUGUACAACAGCACCCAGCCCGGGCUGCAGCAGGGCAAGGUACAGAUGUGGGUGGACGUCUUCCCCGCCAGCCUCGGCCCCCCGGGGCCCCCCGUCGACAUCACCCCCCGCAAGCCCCAGAGGUACGAGCUGCGCUGCGUGGUGUGGAACACGCGGGACGUGGACCUGAGGGACACCAACGUGGCCGGGCAGAGGAUGAGCGACAUCUACGUCACCGGGUGGCUGGACGGGCUGGAGGAGCAGCGGCAGAGGACGGACGUGCACUACCGCUCGCUGCAAGGGGACGGCAGCUUCAACUGGCGCUUCGUCUUCCCCUUCGAGUACCUGGUGGCCGAGCAGCUCUGCGUCCUGCCCCGAAAGGAACAUUUUUGGAGCCUGGACGAGACGGUGCAGAAGCUGCCCCCCAAGCUCAUCCUGCAAGUGUGGGACAACGAC